AAGCUGCUUCCUUCAUCUCUUGUCCGCAAUCCUUUUCCAUUAGCAUUUUUCACCAACCACCUGAUAGACGUAUUUAAAUUGAUCAUGGCUGUGGUCAACCAACCAGGCGCAUAUCAACCUUCUGAGUUCCAGACGAGCGUGUUUGAUUGCUGCGAUGACAUUGGAACAUGCUGCUAUGGUUAUUGGUGCUACUGUUGCCUCGGCUGUUCCAUUGCCAGUGACAUGAACGAGUGCUGCCUGUGUGGUCUGGGCAUGCCCAUCCGCAGUGUCUACAGGACCAAAUACAACAUCAAGGGGUCCAUGUGUAAGGAUUAUUUGGUGAGCAUGUUCUGCCCGCUCUGCAGCACCUGCCAGCUGAAGAGAGACAUCGACCGCCGCAAGCAGCAAGGCAUUUUCUGAAAGGGUAACGGUCUUCUCCGGGCUCUAAAAAAUGUUUUAGUUUUUAAAAUAAUGGCAUUGAUAAUCUGAUGGAACUUCAUGCCUUCCAGACACUGUCAGGAUAACAGAGACGUCACAGUUCUGAAAAAAAAACAUCAGACCAUCCCCUUCCAGUAAAAUUGUUUAAACAGUA